CUGAGCUGACGAUCCUGAGCACUGCUCCAGCCACCUGUCUCACCCUCCGCUCAGAAUAUCCCCCAGCUGUGUGAGAGAGUGUGUGUGUGUGUGUGUGUGUGUGUAUAUGUGUGUGUGUGUGUGUGUGGAGGGGUGGUGGUGAUGGAAAAUGGUUGGGGGGUUUUAUGUGAGAGGGGGUUUCCCCUGCACACAUUCACAGUGUCUGAGAACCUUCAAUCAAACUGAAGCCAGAGCUGACCAGCACUAAAAUGUCUCGUGCUGAGAGAGUUCCUACCUUAAAUGAACUGACUUGCUAUGAACAUCUGGAGCCGGAUAAGACAGAGGAGCAUGAGGACCCGAGAGAGUACUGCUAUGGUGGGUACCAUCCCGUACAAGAGGGAGAUGUUUUUAACAAGAGAUACAAGGUUCUGUCCAAACUCGGCUGGGGCUACUUCGCUACUGUGUGGCUCUGUGUGGACCUCAGGUCAGGCUGGCAUGUUGCUGUGAAGAUCCUCAAGAGUGGAUCUGGCUUCACCCAGGCCGGCCAGGAUGAACUAACACUACUGCGCUGUGCCAGUGGUCCUACAGCUCGAAACCCCAUAAAAGGCCACAUUGUGCAAUUGCUGGAUGAGUUUAAGAUAGUUGGAGUCAACGGGGUCCACAUAUGUCUGGUGCUGGAGCUGCUGGGGCCAGACCUUCACUGCUGGCAGGUGUGUUUCGGCAAACCUGGUCUGUCGCUCGGCUGUGUGAGGAGAGUAAUCACUCAGGUGCUUGAGGGUCUUGACUAUCUGCACACCCACUGUAAGAUCAUCCAUACUGACAUCAAGCCUGAGAACAUUCUGUUGUGCCUGGAGCAGCAACCUCCAGCACACACAGCAGGCCACAGGCCCAGAGCACACACAGAUACAGAGAACAUUUCAGUGAAGAUUGCAGAUCUUGGCAGCUCUUGCUGGGUGUACAAGCACUUCUGUGAGGAGAUCCAGACCCGACAGUAUCGCUCGCUAGAAGUUCUGCUGGGCUCAGAGUACGGCCCUCCUGCUGAUAUCUGGAGUGUUGCCUGCAUGGCUUUUGAGCUCGCCACCGGAGACUCUUUAUUUGAGCCCAAAGCUGGAAAGAACUUCUCUUUGGAAGAAGACCACCUUGCACACAUCAUUGAACUCUUAGGGAAGAUCCCUGCAUCAGUAGCUCUGUCUGGCAAAUAUUCAUCCGACUACUUCAACCGGAAAGGUGACCUCCAGAGGAUUCCUGCCCUGCGUCCAUGGGGGCUGUAUGAAGUCCUGGUGGAGAAAUAUCACUUUCCUCUCCAAGAGGCCGUCCUCUUCUCUGAUCUCCUGCUUCGGAUGCUGGACUUUCUGCCUGAGCGGAGAGCGACUGCAGCUCAGUGUCUAAAACACCCCUGGCUUAAGCUGUGACCUUACAUUCCCUUUGACUUAAAAGACUUUAUCUACCAUUUUAAUAGAUAACAGAGCUUCACACCUUUGCCUUAGUAGCUUUUUAGCCAAAUUUGUCUCAAAACUUGAAUAUACAGUAAAUAAAUUUAUUAAAAACUUGAAUACAUAGAAAGUCUUGAAGAUAAUCCCUCAUCUAAAAUUCCACCCUUCUGUUUGUUUUUAAUAAAUAUCGUUGUUGUCGGAAGAAACCCUUACAUCUCCAUUUCUGUCAUUUAUCAGUUU